GAGCCGUCACUGCUGACUCGUUCAUUUACCUGACAGCCACCAACCAAUCCUCUUUUUCUUCUCGUCUUCGCUUCCAUUUCUCUCCUCUUCUAAAAAUUUUCCCAAAAUUUUCAGCUCAAAUCCUCGAAUCCUCCGGACCCUUGCGAAUCCGCCCAGAAUUCGCCUCCCCCACGUCGCGACCCGGGUCGAUCCCGCAUGGAGCGCGUGUUCUCCGUCGAGGAGAUCCCCAACCCCUACUGGAUCCCAUCGCAGCCGCAGGUGCCGGCCACCGGCGCCUCCGCGGCAUCCGGAGGAGGAGGUGGCGGUGGUGGCGCGGCGGUGGACGGCGCUGGCGCGAUGAACAGGUGCCCCUCGGAGUGGUACUUCCAGAAGUUCCUGGAGGAGGCUGUGCUUGACAGCCCAACGCCCGACCCGGGCGCUGGGAGGGGCGUGGGCGGAGGGGAGGCGGUGGAGGUCAAGCCGCUGGGUGUCGGGGCGGCGGCGGCCUCGAGCGCGGUGGUGGACCCGGUGGAGUACAACGCGAUGCUGAAGCAGAAGCUUGAGAAGGACCUCGCUGCCGUUGCCAUGUGGAGGGCCUCUAGUGCGAUGCCCCCAGAACGUUCUGCAGCUGGUUCGUCCUUGCCAGCUGUGGAUGCUUCGCCUGUGGGCCCUGUUAAUUCCAUCGGAGGUAAUGGGAUUCCGCUUCAAAACCAGCUAACUGGUGCCCCAGGUGGGGGAUCAGGUCCACAGUUGGUACAAAAUGCCGAUGUCCUAGUUAAGCAAGCCACUAGCUCUUCCUCGCGGGAACAGUCAGAUGAUGAUGACAUGGAAGGAGAAGCUGAGACUACUGAAAAUGCAAACCCUAAUCAACACAGACUGCAGAGGAGGAAGCAAUCCAACCGGGAGUCAGCCAGGCGUUCAAGAAGCAGAAAGGCAGCCCACUUGAAUGAACUGGAUGCACAGGUAGCACAGUUAAGAGUUGAAAACUCUUCACUGUUACGGCGCCUUGCAGAUGUUAACCAGAAGUUCAAUGAGGCUGCUGUUGACAAUAGGGUGUUAAAAGCAGAUGUUGAAACCUUAAGAGCAAAGGUGAAGAUGGCAGAGGACUCGGUGAAGCGGGUGACAGGCAUGAAUACGUUGUUCCCUGCCGUCUCUGAUAUGUCAUCCCACAGCAUGCCAUUCAACGGCUCCCCAUCUGACUCCACCUCCGACGCUGCCGUCCCCAUCCAAGAUGACCCCAACAACUACUUCGCCAGUCCCAGCGAAGUCCUAGCUAACAAUAGCUACAUGCCAGAGAUAGCUUCCUUGGCUCAAGAGGACGACGAUUUCAUCAACGCGGCCCUGGCUGCUGGCAAGCUGGGUAGAACCACCUCGCUGCAGCGGGUGGCGAGCCUGGAGCAUCUCCAGAAGAGGAUGUGCGGAGGGCCGGCGUCAUCUGGGUCGACGUCCUAGUCUGCUCCAUUCGAUCAGACGGAGAGACCCAGCGAGCAAGAAUGAUAAAUUGACGAUUUCAGACAUACAUUGUAGCGGGCAUUGCUAAUCAUGUGAUGAUGUUUAUUGGUUGUAGACUUGUGGUUGUUGUGCACUGUUUGGGUGGAUAUCUAGUACUCUCAUGCUGCUGUUCGUGAGACACAAGUUACUCAACAGAUCAGUGACAUAUGCAACGUUGUUGCC